AUGCAAGCACGUGAAUUACUCAUUAACUCUGCUAAAAAUUUAGCAAAGACUUUGGGAUGAACCGAUGCUAUGCUUGUUCAAGCUGCCAAGGACAAUGGUCUGUCACCAGUAAUUUUUAUAUAGGCAACUUCAAGAGCUCUUUUUCCUAAUGGUCCGAUCGAAAUCGCUGAGAUUUUAAUGAAAGAAUGGGAAGACAAGCUAUCGACUGACGUUACUUUACAACAGCUUGAAGGAAAAGAGCUAUCCGACCAAUAUUUUGUUAUGCUAAAAGCAAGGCUUUCAUAUGAAAUCUCAUAUAUGCCACAUUGGGGAUCUGCUAUGAAACUAGGGAUAUACCCAAGAAAUGUGACGAGCAUUAGUGAUAGGCUGUACUCAACAAUGAACCUUAUGUGCGAUAUUGUGGGAGACCACUCAACUGGGAUUGAUUGGUAUGCAAAAAGAGUUGGGCUCGGACAAGUAUUUACAGCUACUGAACUAUGCAUGGUUUAUGAUUCGAGCAAGGAGUUUGAACAGACUUGGGAGUUCUUGCAGUCACAACUGUAUUCGACGAAUUUUGAAGGAGUCACAGGACUUGGAAGCUUAUAUAUGGGAUAUGGAUUUGGGCUGCUUAAUACUAUAAUGCCAGGUAUAUAGUACUUUAGAUUAAAUUUUGUAUAAAAAUUUCAAAAUAAAUGGUUUAUUUUAUAAAAAUAAGUCACUCACUUGAUAAGAAAAUAUUUUUUGCUUAAGUAUAUUUAUUCAAAAUAAUUAUAGAAGAAGAUAUUAG